AUGUCGUUGAGCGAGGUGAUGCUUAAAACCCUCAUUCCAAGUAACUUCUUGGACUCAGACGACGAAGAGAUAAAGUCCUUAACGUGCCCUCCAGAGACCGACGAUCUGCAAAGAAACGAGUUUCACAUGUUUAACGACUACUUUGGUUUAAGCAACCUAGUGCAGAGAGUGAGACAAGCGAACAAUGAUUUCGACUAUUUCACGGGAGAAGAAUUCGGAGUAAGCAAAUUGCAGCCAAGACGAGACCGAUUUGACAGCAUUGAUUCGGAAAACUCCUCGUCUGGUAGCUGUGAUUCAUUUACAGAUCACUUUGGAGAUGGGCCUUUCCAGCCUUUCAACUCGUCCUCGCUUUUGCAUAGUGCAGCAUCUAAGAGGAAAGAAGCUGUUGUGCCUCCGAGUCGGCGGAUUAAACCGUCUGCAAGAGCACCCGCUCCGGCGAUCUCAAAUCGUGGUACAGUGUGCGUUUUCUGCAGAAACAACGGCGAGAGCGAGGAAGUUUACCUAUCUCAUCUGUUAAAAGGUCCAGAUGGAAAGACGACAUGUCCGAUUCUGAGAGCUUAUACCUGUCCAAUUUGCAAAGCAAGCGGGGAUGAGUCGCAUACGAUCAAGUAUUGUCCGCAAAACCAGCAAGCGCAAGCAAAUGGCGGUCAGUUGCCGAAGGUGCCCAGGAAUAAUAACCGUAUUCUACCAAAGAGAAGUCGCUGA